AAAAUGUUUGCCUUGGUGCCCUUCUAACUUGCCCUGGUGCCCUAAAAUAUGAGCCCUCCUUUAAGGCUACACUUGCCUUGACCUUAAAAUGUUAAAAUUCAAGGCUUGUAUGUGUAUAUAUGAAUGUGUAUAUAUGCAUGUGUAUAUAUACAGUAUGUAUGUGUGUGUGUGUGUGUGUGUAUGUAUACAUGUAUUUUUUACAUAUAUAUGUAAAUAUAUAUAAUGUAUAUUUAUAUUUUAAUAUAUAUCCUACUUGGCUAUGAGUUAUUUCUUGAAUUCAAUACUUUUUGUUAUCAAAGUUCUGACAGAUAUGUUACACCCAAGAACACAGACAACAAUUCUGUGCUCACACUACUUUAUUUACUAAAAUGAAUGCAAUCAUACGCAUGUGCAAGACAGCACAACAUGUCAAACUGUCGUUGUACCACAACUCCACAGCAGCAUGCUAAACUCUGAACUUUAUUUGGCCUCAUUGUGGGUUAUUUUGAAACCGUAUUCACAGACUGAGUCUCAAAAAUGGUAUUCCUUGUUUGGGCACUUGAUUACACAAGUAAAUUGUUUGUUGCGCAAUAUUUGGCCGUAUUAUGACCAAGACGACAUAGGAAAACUGAGGCAAAUACUUCCUCCAUAAAUACAAUUGGGACUAGACUGUGUCUAAUAAAAUUAUUUAUUCAUAUUCAGUAUGUCCAAUACAUACAAUGAAGUCAGUUGUCACUCAUCUUCUCUGUUUUUCCCAGUUAGAGGAGAGUUUAUCUGCUGCAGCUACCACAGCAGAGGGGGUCUUGGCAUCGUCUGGUGACAGCGGAGAGGCUACACAUUCCCCAACAGGACGGGCUGAGCUGGCCCCUGGGGGGCAACCAUGGGAAGCAUCUCUUCCACCUGAGUGGGUUCCUAUUAUCAGGCACGACACGUUGUCUCAGAGGAAGAUUAAUGCUCAGCCUGCGUUGUCUGAUGCCUACCUCCACGGCAUGCCCGCAAAGAGGAGGAAGAUGACAGAGCGUGAAGGACCCCACCUCUCCUUGUCAGAUGCAGUGUGUCGAGCAGCUGGCUCUGUUGGAGCUUUGCCGGUCACUGCCACAAACAGCCUGCAGGGGGAGCUGCAGAGGCCAGAGCUACAGGAAGCAUAUGCAACACAGGUGAAGAACGACAUCAAAGUGCGAGUGCAGGAAGAUCCAGACUACAGCGCUCAGAGAUUUCCCAAUACACAUCAAGCUUUCUCCUCAGAUGACUCUGAAAAUGCAGACUGCAAUCAUGGAGCUUGAAUCCGAGGUCAAAGGUCUAAAUUGGCUGUCAAAGUGUACCAACUUGUUGGAUCAUCUUUUUACUAUCCAGGUGAGGGGCAUUAUUUUUCAUCUAGAAGAAACUUUCACGAGCUCUGAUGCGAGAAAGCAGCUCACCAGCCAAUGAUCUCAACAUAAUCACACAAGCUAGUGAUCGCUGCUUAAAUAGUUUGUCUGUGUUGGAGCUUAUAACAUCACUAAUACUUGGUUCAUAUUCAAGUCAUCAAAUAUAAAUGGAGUAUUUUUGGCACUUUUUGAAUGGUAUUUUAUUGGAUUUUACUGGGCGGAAUAGAAUAGAGGACCUCCAAUUGGCGUGUUGUGAGCAGACUUUUAUUUACAAAUUAGAAUGCAUUAAAAAAAAAAUGCAUUUGUCUUGAUUGUGAACGACAGGCAAUUUUUUUGUUUUUUAAAGGGCAGUUCCCCUUUAACCUGAAAACUGGAGGUUCUGGUGGAAAUCAAAUUAUUCAGAUUAUCAAUUACUGGUGGAUCCACCAAUCUGAUCGAUUGGAUUGGAUAAUAAGCGCUGACAAAGGGUCUCCACCAAUGUUCCAACUAAUUUUUCAUGUGUCUACUCUGAGCAAACACAAAAACUCUUAGAGCAUUCAGUGACGCACAUGUGUGCAACAUCAGAUGUGCACACUGUCGCCACACCUGACAUAAGUUAAAUGUUUUAUUAUAUUAAUAUAUAUAUAUAUAAUAUAUAUAAAUAUAUAAUAUAAUCCAUAUAUUAUUUCCUAAUUUAAGUGAUUUGGCCUACUGACAAUGAAAAUAAAACAUCUUGUUUUUCAUGAGCUGUAUGUUGAAAGUCUGGGUGGGGGUCCUGCUGGGGAAUAAUUUAAGACCCCUUUCAGAGAUCACAUGAAUAAGUUCACCUUAAAAACGUUCACAUUUUGCACAAUGAGAUGUGUGUGCUUUAGUACAAGCAUGGGAUACAUUGUACAAAGAUUUGUCUGUAAAAUGUAUCAUUACACAGUUUUUUAUUGGCAUUUAUGCAAUCUAGUGACCACAUUUCAUGAUUACUAUUUAUAAAUGAACAUUAACAUUAACAUGACACAAGAAUAAGCACACAUCUGAUUGUAAAGUGUAUGUAGCAGGUAUAUAAGAUAUAUUUUAUGCAUUCCACCAAAAUUCCCUCACGUUUUAUUUUAUUGCUCUAUUGUUAUUCAUUGUCACUUUUAUUUUGUAAUUUUUUUCAGCAAAUAGUUCGUUUGAUUGGUUGAUUGAUUGAAACUUGUAUUAGUAGAUUGCACAGUACAGUACAUAUUCCGUACAAUUGACCACUAAAUGGUUACACCCGAAUAAGUCUUUCAACUUGUUUAAGUCGGGGUCCACGUUAAUCAAUUCAUGGUAAAUUAAUGGUUUUGGGAGCAUUUGUCAUUUUAUUUUGAAGUCCUAUCUUUUUCCGGUAGUGACGUCAUCGUCCUCACUUGCUGUUAAGACAUGCUGAGAGGAGACUGGUGUGCUGCAGUGUCUGAAUGCUGCCGCAUUACUUCCUGUUUAUUUCAUACAGAAAUAAAUACGC